AUGAGGCAUGCUGAAACUGGGGGGCUGGACUCGGUCAAGGUGACACCAAAGCUGCAGUGUGGGUGGAAGAAGCUAAACCAGAAAAGAGCAGAUCUAACUGUAAGCUACUUUGCAUAUUGUCAAUCGACUAUAAAUUUAGAUCUGUCUUUUGACUCAGUCCAACAGGCACAAGAACUGUGGAACUCAGCUCUAUACCUGAGACACCACAGCUUGGGAAGCUUUUGGGAUGCCAUGGACAGAUUGCCAAUCUUAAGCGACUCCCACGCUGGACAGAUGUCUAGACUUGGCUGCAGGGACCUUUAUGCUGCACUCCAUUUCUACCCAGAGAUCCCAAACCAAUUCACUGGCCCCGAAGAUUUGCCUCUGCUUCCUUUCACACCAGAGCAGCUGACUGCUGAGAAUUUCUACAGCGAUCCUUAUGCGUUCCCAUUUCAAGGUCCCUGUGGGAAUUUUGGCAGAUGCGAGUAUUCUUGCGGCCCAGCAUUCAUCAGAAAAAGGAAUGAAAGGGAAAGGCAGAGAGUUAAGUGUGUCAACGAAGGCUAUGCCAAACUCAGACAUCACCUACCUGCCGAAUACCUAGAGAAACGACUCAGCAAAGUAGAAACACUCCGAGCUGCGAUUAAAUACAUCAGGUAUCUCCAAUCUGUGCUGUACAAUGAUUCAGAGGAGAAUAGCAGGGAAGCUCACCAGGCACCCAAAGAUAGCUCUCAAAGCGAUCACGUUCCAAGGACUUCAUAGUCUGUUCAAGAGCAAAUAAAGUCGUCUCUGGAAACUCCAAAGACCUCCUGCCUGUUCAAAGAUGCUUGUAAGACUAACUUGCUAUACAAUGUGGUAAUUUCAGGGCUUGUGACUGUGAUGACAUGAAUCUUGAUAAAAUGUGUUUCAAAUGAUUGAAAUGGCUGGAAUCAUUUUGACAGAUUGAUAUGAGGGAUCAGUAAUACGUGGUUAAUUUUGAUUAUAAGGGGGUGGGGGGAACGCCAAUGUGUCAACUCAAGCUGAAUGCUUUAGGUUAUAUAUUAAAAAAAAGAUUCUGCUCCUUUCUGAGAACAGUAACCUCACUAUCUUUGCUAACAUUUAUUUCUAAAAAUUAAUAUAAUUUAAGUUUCUCUAUAAAUUAAUAAAAUGUAUAAAGUUUCUGUAUAAAUUCUGUUUGCACAGAAUGUAUAAACUGGAAACCACUUGACUGUAACAGCAACAAAAAAGACAGUAUUGUAAAAACACACUAACUUUGGAAAUGCUAAUAUUGAGUUAAUUUUAUCUGGAUAGUUUGUUUCUCAG